AUUUCUGUCCCGCCCCCAGAUCGUGGCUCUUUCUGCAAGCGGGAGCUCUGUCGAGCGGUUCUGCUCUUAACGCUUGAUUUGAGGGUCAUUUGGGCGGCAGUACGGGCGGGACUGUGCAGAGGAGAUCGGGCAGGAGUCGGCUGACCCUCGGCAACGUCUGGCGCGCGGCGGGCAGCAGCUGAACGAACGCGUGGCGGUGCUUGGCCUCGCGGCGGCGGCGAUAGCGCCAGCGGCAGCGGCAGCGGCCCAGCCGUUGGCGGCGAGCGUGUGUGCGCCUGCGCAGCGGGCCCUGUGCCCCUCCUCCCCGUCCCCCGGCGGCGUGUGAAUGGCGGCCUCGGCGGCGGCGGCUUCCGCGGCAGCGGCUUCGGCCAGCCCGGGGCCUGCUGAGGGCUCUGCUGGUGGCGAGAAGUCCGCGGGCGCCGCCGCGGCUGCGGCAUCGGCGUCUGCCUCGGCGUCGUCGCCCUCAGGGAGUGGCGAUGAGGCUCUGGAGCUGCUGGAGCACUGUGGCCUGUGCCGAGAGCGCCUGCUGCCGGAGCGCGAGCCGCGAUUGCUGCCCUGUCUGCACUCGGCCUGCAGUUCCUGUCUCGGGCCCACCGCGCCCGCCGCCGCCAACAACGCGGGGGACGGUCCGGCGGCGAGUGAUAACACCAGUGAGUUAGGGCGCGCCCCUCCCCCGGCCUCUGAUCUGGCGCUCGGGACUGCUGCGCCUGUGCAAGCCCGAGCUCGGUGGGCUGGAGCGCUGGAUGCGUUAGUGGUGGACUGUCCGGUUUGCAAGCAGCAGUGUUCCUCCAAAGACAUCGUGGAGAACUACUUUAUGCGCGACAGUGGCAAUAAGGCUGCCUCGGACGCACAGGACGCGAACCAGUGUUGCACUAGCUGCGAGGAUAAUGCCCCAGCCACCAGUUAUUGUGUAGAGUGUUCUGAACCACUGUGUGAGACCUGUGUGGAGGCUCACCAGCGUGUGAAGUACACUAAGGACCACACUGUGCGUUCCACUGGCCCUGCCAAGUCCCGUGAUGGUGAGCGCACUGUUUAUUGCACUGUGCACAAACAUGAACCUCUAGUGCUAUUCUGUGAGAGCUGCGAUACCCUCACCUGUCGAGACUGCCAGCUCAAUGCUCACAAGGAUCAUAAGUACCAGUUCCUGGAGGAUGCAGUGAGAAACCAGCGCAAGGUCCUAGUCUCAAUGGUGAAAUGCCUUGGGGACAGACAUGCUACACUGCAAAAGAGCACCAAGGAAGUCUGGAGCUCGAUCCGCCAGGUGUCUGAUGUGCAGAAGCGUGUGCAGGUGGAUGUCAAGAUGGCCAUCUUGCAGAUCAUGAAGGAGCUGAACAAGCGGGGCCGUGUGCUGGUCAAUGAUGCCCAAAAAGUGACUGAAGGGCAGCAGGAGCGCCUGGAGCGUCAGCACUGGGCCUUGACCAAGAUCCAGAAGCAUCAGGAACACAUUCUGCGGUUUGCUUCUUGGGCUCUUAAGAGUGACAACAACACAGCGCUGCUGCUUUCUAAGAAACUGAUCUACUUCCAGCUGCACAGGGCCCUCAAGAUGAUUGUAGACCCUGUAGAGCCUCAUGGUGAGAUGAAGUUCCAGUGGGACCUCAACGCCUGGACCAAGAGUGCUGAGGCUUUUGGCAAGAUUGUGGCUGAGCGUCCUGGUACCAACUCCACAGGCCCUGCACCUAUGGCUCCCCCAAGAGCCCCAGGACCCCUGAGCAAGCAGGGUUCUAGCAGUAGCCAGCCCAUGGAGGUACAGGAAGCCUAUGGCUUUGGGUCAGAUAACCCCUACUCCAGUGCAGAGCCCCAUGUGUCUGGCAUGAAGCGGUCGCGCUCUGGCGAGGGUGAGGUGAGUGGCCUCAUGCGCAAGGUGCCACGUGUGAGCCUAGAACGUCUGGACCUGGACCUUACAGCUGACAGCCAGCCGCCCGUCUUCAAGGUCUUUCCGGGCAGCACUACUGAGGACUAUAACCUUAUUGUUAUUGAGCGUGGUGGUGCUGCUGCAGCUGCCGGUCAGCCUGGAACUGCACCCCCUGGAGUACCUGGCGCUCCACCCCUCCCUGGCAUGGCCAUUGUCAAGGAGGAAGAGACAGAGGCUGCCAUUGGAGCCCCUCCUCCUGCUACUGAAGUUCCUGAGACCAAGCCUGUGCUGAUGGCUCUAGCUGAGGGCCCUGGCUCUGAUGGCCCCCGCCUAGCUUCACCUAGUGGAAGUACUAGCUCAGGCCUGGAGGUGGUAGCUCCUGAGGCUACCUCGGCCCCAGCUGGUGGUCCAGGAAACCUAGAUGACAGUGCCACCAUUUGCCGUGUCUGUCAGAAGCCAGGUGACCUGGUCAUGUGCAACCAGUGCGAGUUUUGCUUCCACCUGGACUGCCACUUGCCUGCUCUGCAGGAUGUACCAGGGGAGGAGUGGAGCUGCUCACUCUGUCAUGUACUCCCUGACCUGAAAGAGGAGGAUGGCAGCCUAAGCAUGGAUGGUGCAGAUAGUGCUGGUGUGGUAGCCAAGCUCUCAACAGCCAACCAGCGGAAAUGUGAACGCGUCCUCCUGGCUCUCUUUUGCCAUGAGCCCUGCCGUCCCCUGCACCAGUUGGCUACGGACUCUGCUUUUUCCAUGGAGCAGCCUGGUGGCACCCUGGACCUGACCCUGAUCCGUGCUCGCUUGCAGGAAAAGCUGUCACCCCCUUAUAGCUCCCCCCAGGAGUUUGCCCAGGAUGUGGGUCGCAUGUUUAAGCAGUUUAACAAGCUAACGGAGGACAAGGCAGAUGUGCAGUCCAUCAUCGGCCUGCAGCGUUUCUUCGAGACGCGCAUGAAUGAGGCCUUCGGUGACACCAAGUUCUCUGCUGUGCUGGUGGAACCCCCGCCUUUGAGCUUGCCCAGUGCUGGUCUAAGUUCCCAGGAGUUGGCUGGUGGUCUUGGUGAUGGUCCCUGAAGCUGGGCCCCCUAUGGGCAGCUCAGCCCUGUUCGGUGUCCUGUCACUCCCAUCCUACCCCCUUGUGGCCUGACUCCCACUUCCUGAUGGUCCCAUCCCCCAGUCCCUCACAAAAUGGUUUACUUCUGUGGGUUUAAUAAAAACUUCACCAGUUCAGACAGGCCGUGGCUGCUUAGGGGCUGUGGUCCUGGUCUCUGAACGUUUGCUCCGCACCAUAAAGCAUUGGUAAUCACCAAGAA